AUGGCGCAAUCGCCGGGAUUGGCAAAUCCCGUCGUAUUUGCCCGACGUGCAUCCUAUCGACAUGAACUGCGGCAAACUUCGACCGCCUGGGCUUUCCUUCAGUCUGCUAGGGCAGCUUUUCCACAUGUCAUUCUCGAAGAAUCGUCGCAGUCCCGUGCCCAAGACGCCACCGGUCUGCAGGCGUGGCAUGUAUGGUGUGGCAAAUCCGGAUCUCUACACGCGAGUGCGAAGAAGACAUACGUAUCAUGCAAGGCUGUAGCGUUGGUUCUCAAAGGCCCAGCUCAAGGAGGGCACGGAGACGAAAUCAAUGGCAAAGACAUGGCGGCCGGGAAACCAUAUGUACUGUCACCGGACGACAUGGUAUGCAUCGACGACAAUGAAUAUGCGUAUCGCUACCUUGUAAAUGUCGGCGAAGCUCCUACGCACAGGGAGCGCUACGAUGGCAAUUUGUUGCUCGGGAAAGGAGGGGAAGGAGAGGUUCAUCUCGCCACGUGCACCGCAACCAGGCGUGCGGUUGCCGUUAAGACUGUGAAGAGGAACUACGAUAACUUUGAGAAAAUUGCCCGCCAGCUCCGCAUCUGGGAAGCUUUUCUUCAUCCAAACGUGCUAGAGUUGCUUGAUUGGUGCAUAAAUCCAAACAGACUCACGGAGUUAUCAAUGAUUACCCAUGUGGCACCUCAACAAUCUUUGCUGCAUUACGUUGCACGUAAUGGAAAGCUACCCGAAUACCUCGCGCAGCCCGUCGUCGCUCAAGUUAUUGAUGGCCUUAUGUACAUACACGAACAGGGUUUCAUUCACAGGGAUAUCAAACCUGAGAACAUCUUGGUUUUCCGCGUAGACGAAUCUGGCGUUCUCACCGUCAAAAUCGGCGAUUUCGGAACGUGUAUUCGGAAAAAGGAUGAUCCUAACGCACCAGUGGACCGUGCGGGAAGUACGAACUACGCCGCGCCUGAAGUGGCGAUGAAGCGCAACAACGAGCUAAGCGACGCAUUCUGUGUCGGAGGCGUAAUGUACUUUAUAUUGUUCAAGAAACGGUCGUUCCUGGUCCGAGAAGGAGCAAAGGACGUUGUUGAUCAAAUCACAACCAGGCGAUCGCAACUUGUGGAACUUGACGAGGUCGCUCCGAAUGCAACCGAAGAGAAUGCCGCCGAAGAAAGCCCCCGCGGAGUGAAUGCCGGCGGAGCGAAUGCCGCCGAAGAGAACGGAGCCAAGGGGAAAGAUACCGGAGCGAAUGACGCCGGAGCGGACGACGCCAACGGUGGCAGUGGUAACAGCAAUGCACCCACCGAGGAGGCCCAAGGCACAGCCAACGAUGACGUGAAGAAAGGCUCGCUCAGCAAACAUGCUCGUGCUUUACUCCGCGGAUUGUUGCAAGAGAACCCCGAACAUCGUACGGAUCUCCAGAGAGCUCGGAAAUCUCCUUGGCUGCAAGGUUGCGUAGUUCCGCAAGGGCGCGUUCCGCCUCUGAUCUGCGGUGAUCCGCUGGUCCACAACCUUGUCGCGGUGGCGGGGUUCACGUCCUCUGAUCCUCCUCAUAUCCCCAGUCGCUACCGACCCGGCGAUGAACCGGCACCGGCGGAGGAAGUCGUGUCGCGGAUGCAGCUGAAUCCUGCCGACAACUAUACUCGAGGCGGUACAGAACCCCUCGUCACUCCAAGGCAAACCGUCGUUGGGUCACCCGCCAGGCAAGGUGUUGUAGGAUUUCCUCGUCCGUUUCCCGUGCAGGAAGACGGACCGAGCCAUACACGAGGCUCUACGGGACCACUCCCCGCACAUAAUUCGUCAAACCCGACACCGGUUGUCGUGAAGCUCGAGACGGUUUCUGACACCGACUUGUCCACCCUUCCACCGCCCUUCGCGACGCCGGGCAGGACCAGAACAAGGCUUGCUACUCCACCUCCACCUGCUACUCCUGCCCCAGGUGCCAUAGUUUCAUCGAGUUACACCCGACAAACCCGGACACCACGUUCAAUCCAUCCUCAAUCGUCGUCGCCGUCGCCGUCGCCUGACCCGUCCGCCUAUGAAGGUCUCAAUGGUGGACGCGCUGCUCCGGCAUCCACUUCAGUGCAAGUUGUCGGACCAAGUCAUGUAGCUCACGGUCAGGAUUGGACGGAUCCGCUGUUCACGUAUCGGCCAUUCUAUCCGCAGCCGUUGCAGUCCAUAGCGGAGCACGUGGAGUAUGCGGAUACUGCUCCCCGAGUGUCAAAUGCGGUUUUGGAGCAUGUACCCGUCCCCCCGCCGAACGCCGCUAUGGACGUCAGUCUUGUCCCUGAGGCAGCCGAAGACCUGAGAACUACGGAUGCCGACACUGUACCAGCUGCACCAAUCUUGACGUCCCCACCUCCACGCACGAGGACUCGUGCUCGCUCAAGGAAAAACGCUGCAUCCUCUCCGAUAGCGCCUGUCAGGCGAUCGACUCGCCUCCACGACAAGCGCGCUGGUACUGCCGGCGGUGCAAUUGCUCCGACUCACGAUGCGCGGGAUGCGCUAGCGGUCGAGAAGAAGGGGACGUCGGUGGCGAUCGGAGAGAAGAGGAAGCUUGGCGCACGAAUGGAGAAGCCCAGCAAGAAACGCAGGACGGGAUAA